AUGAGAAAUGAUUUUCGGUGGAUCAACGAACCCCAGAGCUGGGAGCGUAAGGAAAAUUCUUUGACAGUAACAACUGAUGAGAAGACAGACUUCUGGAACACAACAUGGUACGGUUUUAAGAAAUUUUCUGGCCACAUAUAUGGAUGUGAUGUGACCGGUAACUUCACUUUCCAGGUGAAGGUCAAAGCUAAUUUUACAAAGCUUUACGAUCAGGCAGGGAUCAUGGUAAUGACGGACGAAGAUCAUUGGUUGAAAUCGGGCAUCGAAUAUAAUGAUGGUGCUCCUGCAAUAGGAAGCGUCCUAAGUCUUGGGCACUCUGACUGGGCAACUGGUGUAUUUCCCGGGAGUGCCGAUUUGUUUUGGAUGCGUCUGACCCGCAAAGGCGACAGCUUGCGGCUGCAGUAUUCUGCUGAUGGAGAAAUCUGGCCCUUAUUACGAGUAGCGCAUUUCCCGGUCGGUGAAAAAUGCACGGUGGGUGUUAUGUGCUGUACGCCUGAACGCGGCGGCCUGUUGGUUCAAUUCGAGGACUUUUCACUCUCAGAACCGCUCGACAAGGAGCUCCAUGAUCUUUCAUGA